CGGAAUGGCAGAAAUCUCUAAUGUUGACCUGAUUUGAGAAAAGUCUUUUGAGGCUCAUACUUAUUCAGAAAGACUGAAAACAAAAAACAAAAAACAGGACAGACCAAGACUUUAAUUCAAAAGUGUGUUUUUAAACAUUAUGUUUAUGUUAAGUGUCCGCUGUGCAGGACCCCACACUAAACAGACAACAGAACAACAGCGCUUGCCUCAUGGACCAUGACAGCAGAUGGCGCCAUUUCUCUACAGUGCAAUAACGCAACGUAAACACUAUUUUGUCACAAACAUGUUUCCGUACAAGUAAUGGAAAAACGUGCUAGUUAGUUUGUAUCCAUUAUCAUAUGAAUUAUUUACAUUAGACAGUAUAACUUGACACGGGGAUGGCUGCGGAGUGUAGGAUUAGGAAGAGCGAGUGUUCCGAGGUUAAUGAGGUUAUUGUGGGUGAACCUUACUGUGUGUCCGUGCUGAAACAUGGCUACUGCCUGAACCAGACUGAUGGCUCUUUUCGGGCAGACGGCACCAUUACCUUACUGACCGGACCGACAACUAUACUGGUGGACACGGGAGGGCCAUGGGACAGAGACUUCCUACUCUCUAAACUAAAAGAAAAAGGAUUGUCACCUGCCGAUGUGAGUUUGGUGGUCGGUACACAUGGACACUCGGACCACGUGGGCAAUUUAAACCUGUUCCCCAGAGCAACAGUGGUCGUGGGGUGUGACCUAAACCAGGGGGAUAGAUACCUGCCGAAUAUGCUUGCGGAGGGGUCACCCUACCCCAUCGACCCAUAUGUGUCCAUUAUACCUACGCCUGGCCAUACAGGACGUGAUGUCAGUGUUCUUGUAAAGGGAACAGUUGUGGGAGAAGUUCUCGUGGCUGGGGACCUGUUUGAGUGUUGUGCUGAUGAAGACUCAUGGAGAGAGCUUAGCGAGAACCCAGAGUUGCAGGACAUGAGUCGGCGGACUGCUUUAAGGACUGCUGAUGUCAUCAUUCCUGGACAUGGAGCACCAUUCAGGGUGUUCAGGGAAUCAGGAGACUGAGGACAGGAACUCUGUCCUACAGUAAUGUAUAGUUGGGUCUGGGGCGCAGAUCAAGUCUAAUCUUAGACAUUCAUUGGAAAGUUGUAGAAAUAAAUAAAUUUAAAAAACACUUUUAUUAUCCACUUUAUUGUGCAAUGCCACAGUUAAAACCCCCUUAAAAUCAGAGCUUCUGAUUUUAUUUUAAUGAUAGUUUUUAAUGACCAAGGGUCAGUGGUAGACCAAUUCGAUGGUGUUGCCAGGUUUAUUGAAACUCCCAAUCCCAACUAAAACCACACACUGAUUUACAGUACUGGAAUUACAAUCAGUAUAUGUAGAACCUGGCAACCCUGCUUGCUAGACAAAUACCAAAUUUGGUAACAUGGAUACUAAUAGGAGAUGCACUACACAUCACAGUAGUCUGACCAAAACAGUGCCUCCAGAAUAAAAUAAUAUUUCUGCCAUAUUUCUGUACAAACAAAAGUAAUAUGUUUUUAGAUUUUGAGCCCAAGAUACAACACACUGUCCUUGUACAUUCAUUUGCAUGUUUUUCUUUAAUGAUUGUUCUCCAUUGCUAUUAAAAGAAAAUUUCUUGGAAAAUUAUAUGGUCAUUAUAAUGAAAUGCUGCUUA